CAGAUGAUAAUUGGUGUCCUCAAUAUUGUGGCUGGGAUUGUGCUUAAAUGCCUCGCGGAGUGGUUUACCAUGGAAAGAAUAGCCCAGGGACCCUUUUGGCUCGGAAGUUUGUUCCUUGUAGUUGGAAUUGUGUGCAUUCUUACAGCGAAGUUCCCCUCUUCUUGUCUGCUGAUAAUCGGGAUCAUUUUAAAUGUAGUCAGUGCUGGAUUGGCUAUCACAGCUGUUGUGCUGUAUUCAGUGGACCUUGCUAAUAGUCAUACAUAUGAAAACUGUGAAAACGGGAGUUAUCAUCAAUCACGCUAUAAUGGAUAUGGUUAUAGUUACGAAACACCUUCCCCUGAAGAUAAUAGGAGAAAAGAGAUGUGUUUGUUCUACAAGAAUCUCAUUGAGAAUAUCUUCAGAGGACUAGAUAUCAUGAUGAUAGUGCUGUCGGUCCUUCAGCUCUGUGUGACCAUCAGUUUCUGUGUUUUGACUGGGAAAGCUUUGUGCAAGAAGGAUGAAGAUGUAAAGUCGGUGGAGGAUUCAGAACUUCACAAGCCGCUCCUGGAAGAUGACACUCCUGGUGCUGUGUGACAAGAUAAACACACAAAAUAAUCAGUUAUUCUUUUUGCUUGUAAUGCAAUGGCAUUUUGUGUCUCAAUAUUGUAGUGAAAUGAUUUAAAGCAGAUUUCCUCCAUUCGCAACACUGUUAAAUUACAUGUUUACUUACACUUGUUUUUUUUUUCCUUUUACAAAAGUGUCAUCAUUGAUCUUUCUCUCUAUACAUGUAGAUUAGUGAGUGUUAACUUUUAUUGCCUUUUUAAA